UGGAUUUGACCUUAAUGGGCGGGUUUAUAAAUCGUUAUGCUGUUGCCUACGAUGUGGGUCGUAAAGCCAGCGGUGUUUGUAGUCGGUCUGCUAGGGUGCAGAGGAAUAUCUAGAACGAUGUGCGCUCAGGUAAAUGAUUGGAAGACAGCCAAGUCUAUUUACGAGUUCUCUGCCAAGGAUAUAGAUGGCAAUGAUGUGUCUCUGGAGAAAUACAGAGGGUUUGUGUGUAUCAUCACUAACGUAGCCUCUAAAUGAGGUAAGACCAGGGUGAACUACACUCAGCUAGCGGGAAUGCACGCCUCCUACGCUGAGAAAGGUUUACGUAUACUUGGCUUCCCCUGCAACCAGUUUGGGGGACAGGAACCCGGGACAGAGGCUGAGAUCAAAGAGUUUGCUAAAGGCUUCAAUGCAGAGUUUGACCUCUUCAGUAAGAUUGAUGUCAAUGGAGAUAAUGCACACCCUCUCUUUAUGUGGAUGAAGCAACAGCCCAAGGGGAAGGGAACUCUGGGAAAUAACAUCAAAUGGAAUUUCACAAAGUUUCUGAUUGACACAGAUGGCCAGGUUGUGAAGAGGUACGGACCAACGGAUGAUCCCAGUGUGGUUGAGAAAGACCUGUCCAAGUACCUGCCAAAGACUCCGUAGUAUUACUCAGUAAUACGUCUGACCCCCAGACCUCUCCUGUGAGAGUGUGGGUGUUGGUGGGUGUGUCUGGACCAAUGACGGCCUGUCUGUAAACCCGCCCAGCGUGGAGGACAGACCUGAUGAACCCAGCGUGCAAAACCCCCAGAACCAGCCACACUACACCUUACAGGACCACAGGAGAGGAGGGCUGUCGGACCAACACAGCCGUUUAUCGUUCCGUCCCCCUCCCCAGAUAAUUUAUAACCAAGGCUGAACACGGUACCUAUUCAUCUUUAAUGGCACGUAUGUCUGUAGUGUCGAGCUUCUGUCGUUUUGUUCCUUAAAGGAAAUUAAAUAAAUUUAAAACGAGGUCACUGACCAACAUA